AUGAGAUUAGAUUUUCAAUUAGGAGAUGUCACAGACGACAAGGUCAAACUGAGCUUUCUAGCUUGCAAUCUUGAAGGACGCGCCCUUUCUUGGCUAUUGGAUUAUGCGAAAAAAGCCAGAACGAGCCAAAACUCGAAAUUAGACUACGAUCGAGUGAUAGCCGACUUUCGAUCAUAUUUUAGGAUCUUUUUAAACUCGUUCCACGUAUACGAAGAACGGGUAUCUCUUAGACAAACCGGGUCGCUAACUGCGUACAGUGAGAAGUUUAAAAAGUGGAAAUUCAUCUUGGAUGAGGAUAUGGAGAUUUCUGAGAUGGCCAGUGUCCAUCAGUAUGUGGUGGGAUUGAAGCCAAAAAUCAAGAAAUUGGUAAGAGAGCAGGAACCCAAAACACUAAGUGAAGCAAUAAUACAUGCUAGGGCUGCGAGUGCAUUGGAAACGGGUGAUCGAACUACGAAGUCUUCCAAAAAACGUUGA